CACUAAUUUCCUCCCCACAGUUCCCUGAACACUCGCUGUGUGUGUAUGUGUGUGUUUAUUUGCUUACUUCUUUUCUCCAAGAAAACAUCUUCUUCUCUGCAACCAAGGAAUCAGUAAUGGAGGAAAUCCAAAAAUGGCUUGCAAAUGGUUAUGUUAAUAACACAGAGAUCCUCUCAAAAUCUCCAUCUGAUCUGUCAUCUUCUGCUACAACUAGUACCAGCCAAGAAACACACAGUGCACGCACACUGUGUGAAGACACAAGUUUCAACAGUCUUGGAUCCAGUUCAUGUAAUAACUACACUGGUUGUCCGAUCCAAGCAAAACCCUCUUCUAUUUCCCAUUUCUGCAUUGCCACCCUAGGAACCCUAACCCCACAGAUCAGCUGCCUGGCAGUGCAAAACACCACCCUCUAUGCUGCAUCCAUCAAAGAGAUAAAUGUCUUUGAUUUGAUCAGUUUUGAACUCGUGGAUGCGUUCGGGCCCGGGUUGGGUUUGGUCAAGUCCAUCGCAUUUAGUGACGGAAAAAUCUUCACAGCCCAUCAAGAUUGCAAGAUUAGGGUCUGGAAGCAGGUGAUCACAUCUUCGAGUAAACAGAAGCACCAGCUAAUCUCGACGCUUCCCACGUUCAAAGAUCGUCUGUUAAACUGUAUGUUCGCGAAGAACUACGUUCAGGUCAGGCGACACAAGCGGCAACUCUGGAUUCAGCACGCGGAUGCCGUCUCAGGAUUAGCAGUGAACAAUGAUGCUGGAUUAAUGUAUUCGGUUUCAUGGGAUAAGAGCUUCAAGAUAUGGCAAAUAUCGUCGGACAUGCACUGUCUGGAGUCCGUCAGGGCGCAUUCCGAUGCUGUAAACGCCAUUAUCGUCAACCCUUUGGAUAAAACUAUCUACACGGGCUCUGCAGACGGGUACAUAAAAGUGUGGAGAAAACCUGACGGCAGAAAAAAGCACCAGUUGCUAACAGCUAUAGCUAAGCACAAAUCCAGCGUCAAUGCACUGGCAUUGACACGGGACGGGUCGAUUCUGUGCUCUGGAGGCGGCGAUAAAAAAAUUCUUGUGUGGGAGAAGGGUAAUGAAAAUUAUCAAAAUCAUGAUCAUAUGUUUGUUUCUUGUUGUUUGAAAGGGCAUGGAGGGCCGAUUUUGUGUCUGGUGCAUGUAAAUGGUGUGCUGAUAAGUGGUUCAUCAGAUAGAACUGUGAGAAUCUGGAAAUACGGGAAAGGUUUCGGGGGAAGCUGUUUGGCAGUCCUGGAAGGGCAUAGCAAACCUGUAAAGUCCCUGGUGGGAAUUCCGGGGGCAGAUUUGAAUGAUAGUUUGAGAGUUUUCAGUGGAAGCCUGGAUGGAGAAAUCAGGGCCUGGAAGGUCAUCAUUUCUGAUGAAAGUGAUUGAGGGUUUUUUUUUUUUUUUUUUUUUUGUUUUCCUAGAUAGUGAUGAUCAUUAAUAUUUAUAGUUAGUUCAAUAAUAUUGCCAUGUGCAACCAUAUUCGCCUCGCUCUGCAGAGGUUUAUUAAUAUAUACGAGGAGAGACUGCCUUUUCAUUCCUGUCAAGAACAGCUUGAUUUA